AUGGCUUUCCGCACUACAGCAGAAGAAAUGGAGAGGCUUCAGCUAUCCGAUGAUGACACAGAGGAUAUCUGGAACUCCCCAUCCAGGAGAGCAACCCACAAAAAGAUCAACCCAAAAACCUCUACCGAGAAAAUUGCACCAGAAAAUCGAGCUUCCCACGAUGGUGACGAUCCUCUGAUAGAUCACCAAGAGGCCCGCGAGGCUGCCCUCCGGACAGAAUUACAAGGUGUGCGGAAUAUUAACGAAGUCAUUGAAGGACUUCUGGCAAGUUUGGACUCCGCCAAAGGAAACAUGGAGACCGUCUCACAAACUGUUACGUCGGCCUCGACACUCCUCAACACCUGGACUCGCAUUCUCUCCCAAACCGAGCAUAAUCAGCGAUUGAUCCUCAACCCCAAGUGGGAAGGCGCUACUCAAGAUGUGAUCGAUAUCGAGAACCAAGCGAUUCAAAGACAGCAAGCGGCAGAAAGACGCGAGCAGGCGCUCCAGCAACAAAGAGAGGCAGCAGCGCGGAAAGCCGAGGAAAUUGAAAGGCGACGCGCGCAGGUCACUCGGGGUACUCGGGGCACCACCCGCGGAACUACAAGGGGUACAGUGAGAAGUACUGGCCUAGGAAGAACGCCCAGUAUCAGCACAACCCGCACGGCAACACGAGGGUCUACAACAACAACCCAGCGGUACAACAACAUAAUGAACUUCGCACCGUAUCAAGAUCAAUCACCAGAGAUUGAGCGUGCCCUAUCCCCCCCUCACCCAGAUGGUCAGAGAAUCUCCCCAAUUCUCCGCUCACCGCGAGCCUCGGCAGACCUGCCCUCCCCCAGUUACUUCGCUGGCGGAAAUGGCAACACGGGAUCUGGGCGAGACCUGGAGGGUGGCCAUGUGAGUCUAGGGGCUUUUGAAACAAGUCUUCCCAUUCGUAUGGAUAUCGAAGCAGCGCUCGCGUAUCUGCUUCUACCUCCCGCGGGAGGUGUAUUCCUGCUACUAGCUGAACACAAGAGCGACUAUGUGCGGUUCCAUGCUUGGCAAUCGAGCAUGUUAUUUGCUACCAUGUUUAUCAUCCACCUACUGUUCUGCUGGUCGAGUUUCCUCUCCUGGACAUUGUUUAUUGUCGAUGUUGUUUUAAUUGGAUUCCUCAGCAUGCAUGCUUAUCAGGAUGUUGAUACUUUGGACCACUUUGAGGUCCCCUUUUUCGGCCAUCUGGCCAACUCCUUUGUUGACGAUGAAUGA